CAUCGACACCCUCAAGACCUGCAGCAGUAAUAGGAAUUGCCUUCUUGACAUCAACUGCAAAAUGGACGUCCUCUACGAAAGCCAACACCUCGUCAAACAGCUCGGUGUGCUAUUUCGGAACAUCGUCUACCCAGCAAGCACGCCCCUCCUACCUCUUUACUCCGAUCGACCCGUCGCCACCGCCCAGCCCUCGUCAUCGCCGGGCCAUCUUUUUCACCAGCGGCGACAGCAUCAUCAAGAAGAGCAGCAGCAACAACAGGCCCUCCACUCGUCGAUGUCUGAUCACCCGCCGUGUGGAUCCCGCAUACAACCACUCUCGAUAACAACGAAGAUCAGUGAUCGCCUCGUCUCUCUUUCCAACAUCGUUUGCCAGAAAAGCGAGCCUCUCUUGCCUCUACAAAGCAGCACUCCCAGCCACCCCUGCUCCACCUUCAGCUCAUUCCCCGCGGCCACCGCGACCCCCGUCUUCUUCCGAUCUCCAUACGCCCAUCACCCGGAGCUGGUCCAGCGGCAGCAGGAACGACACCCCUUGUUCGACCGGCCGUUCCCGUUGGACCAGCUUCCGGAGGAUGUCCUACCCAGCGUGCUGGCGUUCUUGCCGGCAAGAGAGCUGUCCGGCAUGCGAAGGGCGAGCCAGAGGUUCCUUCAGGAGGUCGACCAUCAUGGCGACGCCCUGUGGCGUAGCCUUUGCCGCUGCGAGUUCCCGUCCAUGGCGUCGUCACCAACGGCAGCGGCAGGGGUUCGAGAAGAUAAACAUUCAUACCUCUCCCAUCACCACCAGCAAUACGUCAGCAACGUCAUGCACCGGGCGAAUGACCAAGUGCUAAACCUCCGCUCCAACCGCCACCUCCGCAAGCGACUCUACAACUACACCUGGGGAAACAAAGACCCCCAAAAGAGCAGCAGGACGAUCAACAUGACGAGCGGCAGGGGCGACACGGCCUCGGUCAGCGGCAGGAUCGGCAGUACCAGCGGCAGCUUUCCAGGCGGGAGCACCGGAGGCAACGGCGGUGACGGCAGCGGCGCCGUAAUCGGCCUCCUGUCCGACCUCGUUACCGUUCCGGACCCACGCAUCGCCCGCGCCCUGUCCUUCAAAUGCCGAUUCGUCCUGUCCAGGGUAGUCGUUGUCAACGACAACGUCAGCUCCAGCAUCCGUCGCAGUGGCCUGUACACGGAACGCGUCGAAUUCUUGUCUCUCAGCGCGCUUCGCCAGGAAAGCCCCUCCGUGCUGCCGCGGCCGCCGCCGACCGUCAGCAAUGACACAGCUGCUGUCGCUACCGCUUCACGCUCAGGGGGGAGGCGCACCGACAAUGGUGGCGGUUGCCGGGAGGAGGUAGAGGCCGGUGCCAAUCUCCUGCCUCUGGCGCCGGAGACGCCCGCCCCGGCUGGCUUCCUCGGGUACGCCGUACGGCUGUUGCAGCUGCGGCCUGGGCACGAGUCGCUACGGUGGACGGUGUUGUUGGCGGUCUUCAAGGAUUUGGCGGUGUUCGAGACUUCCGAGCAGGCGGAGGUUGUGCGCGCCCGUAUGGCAAACCAACGGCUGUUCUACUGCGCGCUCGAUCGUCCUCGGGGCCAAGGCCACCCGUCUCCUGCGGCCUUACGGGUGUUGCCGCAUAUCAGUCACUGGGGUUUUCAACAAGCACCUGGUCGCGUCGGCGGAGGUGGUGGUGGCAGAGGCGGGGGCCAUGUGGUGGGUUCCACUUCCUUUGGGGAGGAGGACGUUGAUGACGCCGUGGAAAGGCAGGAGAGGAUCGCUUGUCUGGCCAGCAGCUCGUUGGAGGCCCUCAAGUGUGGCAGACAGAUGUAA